GUAACAUGUUUAUAAUUGUAUUGAUUCUUCUUGUGUUAACAUAAGCAAAAUAGAUAACGCAAACCUUUACGAUAAAGUAGCUUUAGAAAUAAUAGUACAUUCCGAUUAACAGAUUUGGCAGCAAAGGAAUAGUCAAUUAUAAAAUUUAGUAAUUGAAUUCUAUUAUUCUAGAUCUCGAAUCAUCAAACCCCCCAAGGAUUAUGACUAUAGAUCAUUUGAUAUUGCUUUUGACUUUUUUCAAUAAGAUAGUUGGUAGGCUGCCUUGAAAAGAGAUGAAUGUGAUAGGUAAUAAGAAGCGAACAAAAUUGUGCACUAAUCCAUAGAAGCAAGUUAAGACCAAAAAGUCUCAACACAAGAGGGGGAAUUGAAAUUUGGCAAAUAUCACAAUGUUUGGAUUGCAGUCUUUAACAAUUGCUAGCAUACCAUUGAUAAAGUUAUAAAACUAAACAAUAAAAACACAAAAUUAGAAAUCACAAUUUGGUUUUUUGAAGAGGGAGGUCAAGAAUUCUCAUUGGAAGAACAAGGACUAUUAAAUGUGGUGACCAUUUUAACUGUUGUUACGAUUAUAGGAUUUAUUUAUAAUUAUAGAAUUUUUAAAUCUGAAUUAUAAAAACAUGGAGAAUGGGAUUAUGCGUAUUUAUUUGUUCUUGUUGUAAUGGGUUUAGAGGCAACUCAAAACUUAAUCAAUUUUUUUCACUUAAUAGUCUAUAAUAUGAAUGGCAAAGGAAUUAGUGCAUUUUCAACUAUUUCAGAGAUUAUUUAAAUUGUUGAUAAUUAUCUUCUAAUGGUUUUAUUAAUUCUCUUGGCAUGGGGCUGGUCAAUUGAAUUUAUGGAUAUGGAAGAUUGGGAUAUUUAUGGCCCAUUAGCAUUUUUACUUGCUUUUGCUUAGGCAUUAAUUGUUGGAUUGGGAAGGUUGGUGAGCAGUCAAACAGAUUAUCAUAUUUAUUAAGGAUGGGUAGGGUACACAAUCAGUUUAAUAUAUAUUUCCCUUGCUAUCUAUUUUUAUUAUUCCGCAAAUUAGAGAAAAAAGAAAGGAGACUCUGUUGAUGCCUUUUAUAUCCAAUUGAAAAUUUAUGGGAUGUUAUUUUUUCUUGCUUUUCCUAUCUUGUUAUUAAUCUCUAAAUUAGUAGAUCCCUAUAAAUCUUACUAAAUAAUUAUAAUGGGUAACAUGUUUGUACGUUUGCUAAAUAUGGUUCUAAUGGCAAGAUUGUUUACUGGAAAAUCUUCUGAAUAUUAAAAAAUCUGUAUAAAAGGUAAAUCGUUUUUAGAUAGAGGAAAGAUAUUAUGA